UCCUUCUUAUUCAAUAUUUGCAUUUUGUCCUUCAAUUUUCACGAAAACAUCAGUCGCUUCUCCCAAAAAAUAUUCAAUACACGUAGUAGCUUAUCCUCGAAAAAUAUGAGAGAAAUCAAGAAUAGGAGUGACUUCGAUGGAUUUCUUAAACAACAGGAGCAUGGUAGACUCAUUGUCAUUGAGUUCUUUGCCGACUGGUGUGGACCCUGUCGACAAAUCGCUUCACAAUUCAAAAAAAUAGUUGAAGAAUUUUGUGAUGUUACGUUUGCUAAGGUGGAUGUCGAUGAAAAUGAGGACAUUGCUGAAGACGAAAAGAUUCUAGCGAUGCCGACUUUUGUGCUCUACAAGAAUGGGAAAAUGGUUGAAACUGUUGUUGGUGCCAACGACAAUAAACUGCGAGAAGCGAUCAUCCAGCAAAAGUAACGAACAACAAUAUAACUAGAUAUGAACAUAGAGUAAAUAUUAUUCAACGAUAGUAAAAGGACAUACAACGUUAACGACAUUUUCUUCAGCCAACUCGAUAUGAAUUUCAACCUACUUGUAAUUUAAUCUUUUUUUUUUUAAAUAUUGUAAAUAUUGUGCAACGAUAGUGGAACGACAUACAACGUUAACGACAGUUUCUUUUGUCUACUCGUCAUAACUUUAAACCUACUUGUUUAAUUUUUUUUUUUUUUAAUAUUGUAAAAACUUCUCAUCGUGAUUAAAGUAAACCAUGGUUCCCUUGUA